AUGACAACCAUCGAAGACAGGCUGAAGGAGAUCGCGGAGAUCGACAACAAGAUCGAGGCGAUAAUGGCGUACAAGGACAAGAAGGAGGUGGUUGAACAGAAGGAGUCGAUUGUCAAGUUGAGGGACGAGCUGCAGGUCCAAAAUGACCUUGUGGCCAGCGUCGACCCCAGUCUCCUGCAGAUGAUGUCGCGAAGCUCAUCGCGAUCGAGGGAGAAGAGGCAAGGAAGCCGAGACGAGACUACCGAUAUCGCUGAAUCGCUUACAAAGGCCCAGGACAGGAUCGAGGAGAUUGAGGAAGCAAUCGACAAGGCGGGAGAGGAGCUGGAGAUCUGGAAAGGAGAGCUUGAGAAACUAGAGAAGGACCUUGAUAACGUGUCGCUGCACUCACUCGAGCAACUGUAG